UUCUGCUUUCUCGUUCUCCAACCACCCGAAGGAGAGAGAAGAAGAAGAAGAAACAACACACGCGAGGGAAAAUCAAUCUCUCUCUCUCACACACACACACACUCUCUCUCUCUCUUUCUCUUUCUCUCUAUCGCUCCGCCGCGCCACAAUCACUGAGAUGCGGCGGUGUAAUAUUAAAACUGACAAAUUAUUCCGAGUAAAACGGAUGAGGUUUGUGGCGUUUCUUCUGAUCUGUGGAUUCUCUCUUGCUCUUUCCGAAAUCGGGAAUGACACAUUUGAGAUGAACGGAACCGCAACUGAGUCCAAUGCGACGAACGCGAAACCUAAGGAGGACAGUUUCGCGGAUAUGAUCGAUCGUGCACUUGAGAAAGAGUUUCCUGAGAAUGACCAGAAUGAUGUUCCUGAUCCAGGAAGCUUCAAUAAUAGUGUUGCUGAUCAGCAGGCUGUUCUGGAGACUGUUGCUCGAGUUAAGCCCAAGAAAAAUGAGACCAAGACCAAGGAGGAGAAAUCCUUCUUUAAUUUGGAUAACGAGAAUGGCGUUGAAGAUACUCCAAGACUGAUUGAUAGGAAGGACAACGUUUUUAUCAUGUCCAAUCCAAAAUCCAAGUACCCUGUACUGCAGCUUGAUUUAAGGCUGAUAUCAGAUCUGGUUGUCGUCAUUGUUUCGGCUACUUGUGGUGGGAUUGCCUUUGCUUGUGCUGGUCAACCGGUCAUUACUGGGUAUCUAUUGGCUGGAUCUAUCAUUGGACCGGGUGGGUUAAGCUUUGUUAGUGAAAUGGUGCAGGUUGAAACAGUAGCUCAAUUUGGUGUUAUCUUUCUCCUUUUUGCUUUAGGUUUAGAAUUUUCUGCAGCAAAGCUUCGUGUAGUUCGUGCAGUAGCUAUUCCAGGAGGUCUUCUUCAGAUAUUUUUGUUCAUGUGCUUGAGUGGGAUAACAGCCUCGUUAUGUGGCGGUAAACUAACAGAAGGAAUAUUUGUUGGUGCAUUUCUUUCAAUGUCAUCAACAGCGGUGGUUUUGAAAUUUUUAAUGGAAAAAAAUAGUAUAAGUGCUCUUCAUGGUCAGAUAACCGUUGGAACUCUUAUCCUUCAGGAUUGUGCUGUGGGUUUGCUUUUUGCUCUCCUUCCGGUUCUUGGUGGCACUUCUGGUGUCCUUCAAGGAAUGUUGUCCAUGGCUAAAUCGUUGGCUAUUUUGAUUGCAUUUUUGGCUGCUUUGUUUGUAUUGUCACGUACCUGGGUACCUUGGUUUCUAAAACUUAUGACAAGCCUUUCUUCUCAGACAAACGAGCUCUACCAGUUAGCCGCUGUAGCAUUCUGCUUACUUGUCGCUUGGGUGAGUCUGACCACUUGUUCUUCUUACCUGUCGUAUGUGUGCACAUGUCUGCCUCUCAAAUUUUGAAUUCAUUAACCACAGUAUCGUUUU